AUCUGGGUCCCAUCCUCCGAGGGGAGACGGAGGUUUGUGUAACUCUACUCAAACCUGAGGGGGAGUUCGGAGUGUUUGGUCAACAGCAGUGGUUCCUGGAAAAGAUCUGAAUCGCUUCAUAACCAAACCCAGCUGCGGUUCUGCUGCGGGCUGCAGCCUCUCCGUGCGUGCGUGCGUGCGGGUGCGUUUUGAGGUAGACGGAGAGGAAGGGGUUUCUGGAGGAGAGAUAGAGAGGGAGGGAAAAGAGGAGAGGGAAAAAAAAAAAGAAAAAAAAAGUUUGGUCUCCUUUUUCCCCUUGACUCUUUUUUUAGUCAUGAACGCCGAGACCUGUGUCCCAUACAGCGACAUGACAUCCAUGAAUUCGUAUUAUAACCCCUCUGCUGCUCAAGGUAGGGAUCACCAGGCGGACCACUUUAGGACAUUUCCAGCUAGUGACAUCAAAUACAGCUCCACCGCCUUCCUGUCCAGCAAAGGUCAGGCUUACGGAGAGAAGUCCCGGAGCCCCUUCCAGCAGGAGUGCCAGUCAUUGGAUGCCGCCGCAGCUGGGCAAGGCUCUUUCAGCAAAUACCAGCUCUUCAUGCAGAGGUCCUCCUGCAAAACACCGCCCGCCGAAGACAAGCUGCUGCCGGAGAGGGGACACAACGGAGCGCUCGUCCUGUGCUAUGGUAAGGACAAUUCAGGCCUGACAGACUCUGAUUUGGCCCCAGACUCUGAUCCACCUGGAAUGGACUCCAGAUACUUGGCUGUGAAGGACCAAGGUGUCAAGGCAGCCUCUGAAAGGUCGCCGAGCAAUGACUUGGCGAGUCCGCUGGAAAAAGUCGAUGGUGGCGAAAGCAACAAGGGCAAGAAGAGACGCAACCGCACCACCUUCACCAGCUAUCAGCUGGAGGAACUGGAGAAGGUUUUUCAAAAGACGCAUUAUCCUGACGUUUACGCCCGGGAGCAGCUCGCUUUGAGGACUGACCUGACCGAAGCCCGAGUGCAGGUGUGGUUCCAGAACCGGAGAGCGAAGUGGAGGAAGAGGGAACGAUUUGGUCAGAUGCAGCAGGUCCGAACACAUUUCUCAACUGCUUACGAGCUGCCGCUCCUAACGCGUCCUGAGAACUACGCACAGAUCCAGAACCCCUCCUGGAUCGGCGGCAGCAGUGCAGCAUCUCCCGUCCCUGGCUGCGUUGUUCCCUGUGACACCGUGACCACAUGCAUGACCCCACACCCCCACUCUGCCAGUGGGGUCUCUGACUUCCUGGGCGUAUCGAGUCCCGGGGGACAUGUCGGACAGCCUCACAUGGGCAGCCUGUUUGGCGGCUCUCCUGGCAUGGCUGCGGGCAUCAACACGUACGAUCUCAACAUGGAUCCCGACCGCAAGUCCUCCAGUAUUGCUGCUUUGCGUAUGAAAGCCAAAGAGCACAGUGCUGCCAUUUCUUGGGCAACAUGAUGCGCCGAUGCACGCUGGAUGGGGGAUAUAUUACGCAGACUAGGGGCACUUAAUUCAAAACUCUGCAGGAAAAAGUGACUGCCUUUAUAAAUGCUGCAACAAAAAUGAUUAUGAGCAUCGGAGGUGGCUGGCAGAGGUUUGCCAGGUUUCAGUGCCUCUGCUGGAGGAAAGUCAGUGUGAAAGCCUGAUGGAAAGAAAUGCUGUGUAGUCCUAAAGACAGACAGAGAGGAGGAUUUCAAACACUCUCAUGCACGUUUAUUGUCUGUGCAUUGC